AUGGCAUCUGGUCGCGGAUCAGUGCGAGGAAGGAUCAGAGGACAUAAUGUUGCUUCACGUCGUGCCACAGUGAUGCGAUCGCAGCCGGUCUACGAAAUACUUGAUCCUGUCGAGACGGAAUUUGAGGACUACUUGCCGGUGACUGCCCCAGUUCGCCGUCUUGGCCCACCUGUACGUUAUAGGCGUCCUAUUGAAGAGCGGAUAACUCUUCCACCUGCACCUCAGGUGGUUUAUGUACCGAUACCGGUUUCACGCAAUCAAAGAAGAGCGAGGGGCCCAAGAAGUAACAGCGGUCGUGGAGUACAGCAGAAUCAAGGGCAGCGAAAUAAUGUUCGAGGCGUCGUGAACCAUCCAUAUUUCAAAAAUCGUCCAGCAGGCAUCGCUAGCCGCGGUGGUCGAGGUGGCCAAGUACGUGGUAGAGCAGCACCCAGAAAAAAUCGCUUCGCGCCCCCACCGAAGAAGUCCUUGAGUCAGUUGGACCGUGAACUGGAAGAUUACAUGAGGAAGUCGAAGCACCCGAAAAUUGUCAUCUAA